AUGUCACGCACUAGACGAAACUGGACAGCUCAAGAGGAUGAACUCCUGCGCGCCGCUGUCCAUAGAGCCGAAGACCAACAUAGACCUCUACUUUGGCGUGAACUAGCAAAGUCUGUCCCAAACCGGUCGAAUAAGGACUGUCGUCGGAGAUGGUGGAAUUGUCUUGCGAACAGUUACAUUAGAGGACCCUGGUCAGAGGAAGAGGACGAACGAUUGAUUGCCGCAGUCCAUAAGUAUGGGACAAACUGGAGUAAGAUCGCCAAGGACGUGGGGUUCAGAAGCUCAGACCAGUGUUCGAGUCAUUGGAGCCAAGUUUUGAAUCCUAAUAUCAACUACUGUGAUUGGUCCGAAGAAGAGGAUGCGAAUCUUUUACACGAAGUACUUACUCACGGCACCAACUGGGCAACUAUUGUCAAGUUCCACACUCCUAACCGAACGACAUUAGCUCUAAAAAAUCGUUAUUCAACCUUGCGA